CCACAACCGUAUGUCGCACCUCCACCAGUGCAACCAUAUGCGGCUCCUCCUCCUCCUCCUCCUCCUCCACCACCACCACCACCUCCUCCUCCUCCAGCACCAUACGUCCAGCCCAAGCCCUACGUUCCUCCUCCUAGCGCUUACAAUGUAGUGCCACCCGGACCAGCGCCAUACGUCUCGCCUCAGCAGCCUUAUGUGCCACCUCCACAACCUUACAUGCGACCGCCACAGCCAACCUACGGACAAGGACCAUCAGGUUUUAAUGGAGGAGGAGGAGGCAUCAACCCUUCAGGUUUCGCAAAUGAUCUACGUAUACAUUCAGCAGAUAUGCCUGCUCGCGUGGAGCCAAAAAAUAGUAACGGUAGGUCCGAGAAAUAUUCUGCAUUAGAUCACACCAUAUCAACAAUAACGUUUCAAAUUCAGGUAACAACUCCAUCUUAA